AAUGUGACCUUUUUUGAUUUUGAAUUGACAUAAUUUGGCUUCCACGUUAUAUGAAUCGAAGACGACAUAUAAUUAGAAGAACAUUAAAACCUGGAUUUCCGGAAAGCAAGUCUAAAGAGUGAAGAAAAGGAUUUAAGACAGUUGACCUUCAAACUUCCUCGAAGUGUACCCAGACCUUGAGCAAAGAGAAAAAGACAUUAUAGACGAAAGUGGCAGAUUUUCUAGAACAUCCUAUAUUUGGGGAUAUGUACAAUCUAAACGACCUAGGUCAGUUUGAGAAGCAUUUGGACUUUCGUAAAAAUCCACAGAACUUCGAUAAAGAGAGUCGCCCAAAGGUUGGUCCCGGGCAACAUUACGUGGAUUAUGAUUUUCCUCUAAAAGUGGCAAUGGGGAGAGAGUUAGGUAGACAACAUCUUGAAUGGAAACGCCCACAGGAGUUUGCACGUAUUCCCUGCUUAUUCUCUGAGGGAACUAGUCGUUAUGACAUUGGACAGGGAUCUAUAGGGACAUGUUGGUUCCUGGCUUCAGUGUCUAACGUCGCCGAUAAAGAACACCUCAUCGAAAGAAUUAUUCCAAAUAAUUCUUAUCCUGUGGGAACCCCACAGUAUGAUGGGAUCUUCCACUGUCGGUUUUGGAGAUUUGGUCGCUGGGAUGACGUUUUCAUUGAUGAUUAUCUACCUAUUAUUAAUAGAAAACAAAUUUACUCCGCUCAUUCCAAAACUGAUCAUAAUGAAAUGUGGGUGUCCUUGCUGGAAAAGGCUUUUGCUAGGAUGCACGGGAGUUUCCCGGAAGUGUCUGGGGGUACAGCAGCUGACUCCUACAUGGCUUUAACCGGAGGAAUUCCCGAGGACAUCGUCCUAGAGAAAAUGUCUAUGGAUCCCACUCAACUUCACACGCGUGUCAGGAAUGCCCUUUCUUCAGGAGCCGCCAUUACGUGCUCUGUUCCGUCGGAAUUUAACAACCAAUAUGGUUUGGUAGGACCACACGAAUACACACUAACGGGUGCUGUAAUGUCAAAUGGAGUUCGAUUAUUUCGAAUGAGGAAUCCUUGGGGUGAAGCAGAGUGGAAAGGACCCUACAGCGAUGGGAGUGACGAAUGGAAAAGUCUACCAAAGUACUUUAUUGAGGCCCCUAACAAAAAUGAUGGGGAGUUUUACAUUUCACUGGAACAUUUUCUUUAUUUCUUUACAACUGUUACAAUCUGUCAUAUCACACCUGACUUUGACAGAGAUGGGUCUUCAGACAACCUUAAAUACUGUACAUCUCUUUAUGGGAAAUGGGAGGGCAAAGAGGCCGCAGGAUUCAGAGAGAAAAUAAACAAUCCAAAGUUUCAGUUUGCAGUUGAUGAAGCAAGUGUUGAUGUAUACGGAGACGUCCCUUUUGUUGUGCAGAUCAUACAGCGAACAGAACGAAGAAAGGCCAGUAAAGUUGGCAUUCGUGCUGAUCUAUAUAGGGUUCUAGAAAGCGGAUCCAAUGGCCUCCUAGUUCUCCAAGAAGAGGGAACUCCUAGUAAAAAUAAUCAUUACUUUGGAAGUGUCCAGACUUCUUUCCGGUUUUCUUUGAAGCCAGGUAGAUACGUUUGCAUACCAUCCACCGGAGAUCAGGGCAAGGAGAAGGAAUUCCUACUGCGACUUUACAGUGCUGGCCCACUGGGGCAUAUCAAAAAAGUAGAUUCUGACACAACAGUUCUGAACUGCAAUAAAGAGGGAACAGAGCAGUAUAAUCACGUGAAGUGUGUUACGGGUCAAUGGACAGCUGGGUCAAAUGCAGGAGGACAGAUUAAAUACAACAGUUUCCAUACUAACCCACAGCUAAAGAUUGCUAUUCCAAGUUCACAGAAAGUGAAACUUCAGCUAUUAUCGGAUCCUAAAUAUCCUAUUGGCAUCAAAAUGUUUAAGGUUGACGGAGACCCGGUUCCGGCGAGUUUGGAUUGGCUACACAAACAUUAUGGCAGUGCUACUAGGACUGUUGAUGGGGAUGAUGGGCCGUUCGUGAGUGGUACUUCUGCUGAUGCUGAAUACUUUCUGCUGUCCGGGGACUACCUAUGUCUCCUUCACAUGGAUUUACCCAACACUGAGACGAAAUUCGCCCUCGUCAUAAGAUCCACCACUCCCCUGUAUGACCUUCAAACAUACCAAAUGGAAUAACAGUUGGAAUUAUGAAAUGGAAUUUCUUUUUGUGUUGUAGACGUGUUUGAUGAACAUUUUAGAUAUUUAUUUUGCCUUCACUUUUUAUUGUUAAUUCUAAGUGUAAAAGUUUCAAUGCA